UCUCUCCAAAAUCCUCACUGUGGAGCUGUGGGGGUCUGGUUCCCUCCAACACAGGCAGCUGCAUGAAGUUCCUGGUGCUGCUGGUUUGCAACCUCCUGGCAUGGACGGUCUGUGAGACACAAUUGGAUGCUCUGGAGAAGUUGUCUGCGUUGGUUCCUGGAGCUCUCAGCAUGAAGGAGACCUUCCUGGUGCUCUCACUGCACAACAAGCUGAGGAGCAAAGUGCAGCCUCCCGCCGCCAACAUGCAAAAGCUGGAGUGGGACGAGGAGCUGGGCCGGCUGGCAGGGGCGCGGGCAGCCAGCUGCCUGCAAGGCCCCGCUCCACCGCCGGCGCCGCAGCUGGGCUGGAGCGAGGCGCUGCUGCCGGUGGGCACGGGGGGCUUCGGGGCCGUGCUGGAGGGCUGGUUCGCCGAGGGCCGACGCUACGACUACGGGACGGGGCGCUGCGCCCGCAACGCCACCUGCCACCACUACACCCAGCUGGUGUGGGCCACGGCGGGGCGGCUGGGCUGCGGCCGGCACCUCUGCCCCGGCGGGCACGGCCCCAACGAGGCCUUCGCCUGCGCCUACUCCCCGGGGGGCAACUGGGAGGUGUCGGGGACGCCCGUCCUGCCCUACAAGCAGGGCCCCUGGUGCUCACUCUGCACCGCCGGCCUCUCCGGAUGCUUCAAGUCCUGGGACCACAGCGGCGGGCUCUGCGAGAUGCCCAGGAACCCCUGUCGCAUGAGCUGCAGGAACAAUGGGCGCCUUGACAUGAGCAGCUGCCAGUGCACCUGUCCCCAGGGAUACACGGGCAGGUACUGCCAAGUGAGGUGCAGCAGGCAGUGCCUCCAUGGCAAGUUCAGGAAGGAGGAGUGCUCCUGCCUCUGCGACGUGGGCUACGGCGGCGCUGAGUGUGGCACGAAGAUUCGGUUCCCCUUCCACACCUGUGAUGUGCAAAUAGAUGGAGACUGUUUCAUGGUGUCCGCCGAGGCCGACACCUAUUACGGAGCCAAACUAAAGUGCCAAGAAAAAGGGGCGAUGUUGGCCCAGAUCAGAAACCAGAAGGUCCAGGACAUCCUGGCUUUCUACCUUAGCCGCUUGGAGACUGGUAACAGGGUGACAGACACCGAUUUUGAGACUGGGAACUUCUGGAUCGGUCUCACCUACAAGACAUCUAAGGCUUCCUUCCGCUGGGAUGUGGGUGAGCCGUCCUCCUUCACCAGCUUUGCUUUUGGGCAGCCGGACAACCAAGGGUUUGGGAACUGUGUGGAGAUGCAAGCGUUGUCUGCCUUCAACUGGAAUGACCAGCGCUGCAAGACCCGGAACCGGUACAUCUGCCAGUUUGCCCAGGAGCACAUCUCCCUGUGGCAGCGGGACCCCUGAGCCAGCAGCCCCGGGCACUGGCCAGCGCUGGCUGCUGUGCUGAGCCCAUGGCUCAGGAUGACCCUGGUGCUUUGCCAAGCCCAGGCCAUGGAUCAGAAGGACCCCCCCCAGCUCCCCCACACAGGGGAUGAGGGGCUGAGGGGACCCAGGGUACCCACUUUACAUCGGCAUCCCCAAAACUGCAUCGUCUUCUGCCCCCUCCUUCCUGUCACCACCACACUGUGAUUGCCCUGCGGGCAGGGAGAUGACAGGUCUAACAGCAUCCUCCUCCUCAAUCAGCAGCCAGGAUGUGUCCAGACAAUGGUGCAGAUGCCAUGAGGGGGGGCCAAGAGGGGUGUUCUUGGUGGGCAGAGACCUCAGCAUGUCUCAGGGUGAGGACCGGAUCAGCUCUAACGCUGGGAGCCCCCCAGCCUGACACUGCGGGUUCCUCAUCAUGACCUGGUCCUUCAUCAUCACCCAGUUCCUCAGCAUCACUUGGGUGGUUAAUAAAGACCUCUUAUUUGGGAA